UGCUUUCAAAGAGAAUCAAGCUUCAAGAUGAGGAGCUUGCCGUAUCAACAGGUCGUCGCCCUUUGCGUUCUCGGUAUGUUGGUGCCCAGUGAAUCCUUUUUUUUAGGAAAUAAAUUUAAUUCAAUUCGCGAAAGCAUCAGACGGUUCAUUCCCCCAAUACUUUCAAAUAAUUUGGUUCAUCCAUCACUAUUUCCAAAUAAUUUGAUUCAAGUACGGCCAUCCCCGGUUAUUCAAGUACAUCAUCCUCAGUUGGUGCUUCAUCUACAGAAGCCGCAGAUGAUUCAGGUACAGCCUCAACUGAUCCCGAUUCCGCAAAAUCAGAAGAUUCAAUCUCAAGUGGACCUACUACCAAGACCACAAAGUUAUCCAGGAUUUCAAUUUAUUCCAUCGGGAAAUUUGAUAAAUUCGAAUAGUUUCCAACAACAGUCGCAGUCACAAAGUCAACAGUCCAGUUUAGGGCAGAACCAGCAAUUGUCGCAGUCUCAAACAAAUCAGCAAAUUAUGACUAAUAAUAAUCUGCAGUUACCGAAUCAGCAGCCAAAUGGUCUUAACUCAGGAUUGGGUAUACAAGGAUUGAACGUAGAACCAAAUUGGGCCGAGAUUAGACCACCUGUAGAUAAAAGUGUUAUUAUUACGCCGGAAUUGCAGUCGCAGUUGGAGGAUCUGAAACAGUCACUAUCGCAGUCACAAAUUCAACAGAACAACUUAGGUCAGAGCCAGCAAUCGGCGCAGUCUCAAACGACGAGUAAUAAUAAUUUGCAGUUACAAAAUGAGUUACAAAAUAUUCUAAACUCAAGAUUGAGCGUAGAACCAAAUCGGGCCGAGAUUAGGCCACAGAUUCCAAAUCCUAAUGGUUUAACUAUACCUGAAGAUAAUGGGGUUAUUAUUUUGCCAGAAUUGCAGUUGCAGUUAGAGAAUCUGAAACAGUCACUACCAGGAUCAAAAUCAAAAUCACAGUUGCAGUCGCAGUCACAGUCGCAGUCACAGUCGCAGUCACAGUCGCAGUCACAAUCACAGUCACAAUCACAGUCACAAUCGCAGUCACAUUCACAGUCACACUCCCAGUCGCAGCUACAGUCGCAGCUACAGUCGCAGCCACAGUUGCAGUCACAGUCGCAGCCACAGUUGCAGUCACAGUCGCAGUCACAGUCUCAGUCACAGCCACAGUCGCAGUUACCGUCACAGAAACAGCUUCAGAUGCAGUUGCAACUUCUUUUGCAACAGCUGCAACGCAAGAAGUUACAGGAGCAAAAACAAUCACAGGAACAGCUACAAAAACCUUUAUUAAUUAAACAAGUGCCAUUAUCGGAAAUAAUACAGCCGCAGCCUUCUUCGUCUAAUCUCGGGAUUUUAUCUCAGCCCCAAGUGUUGUUAAUUGGUCAAUUGCCAUCUGAUCUUAGGAUUUUACCUCAAAAUUCGAUUUUUAAACAGGGAAUUGUAGAUGCACGGCCAAAUCCACAAGUUCAGCAAGAUUUGGAGGAACGGAAUCGCUUAAAGCGAGAGUUGAAGGAGCAGCAUCAAAUAUUGCAAGACUUGUUGCGGGUACAAAAUAAGCAGCAACUGCAAGAGCAACAAACACAGCAACAACUACAGCAACUACAAAGCCAAAUUCAAGAGCAACAGAAGAAGGGUGAACAGGAUUAUUCGGAGUUGCUACGUCGAUAUAAUAGACGACAGAAGAGGAAAAAAGAGGAACAAGUUAAAAAACAAAUACUUCAGCAACAAAUACAGAAUCAGCAACAAUUGCAAAUACAACGCGAGUUACAAAACCAAGAACAGCUUCAAAAGUUGCAAAUUGAGCAACAGUUAUUAAGAGAUGAACAGUUAAAGGAACAGGAACUGUUGCAUAAACGGCUUCUUCUGGAGAAACAGCGUGACUCAAUACAGCGCCAGUUGCAGGAACACCAAAGGUUAGAACAGAAACAAUUGGACGAACAGCGACAACGUCAACAUCAGUCACAAAAUAUUCAGCAGCUUGGUGGCUCAAGCUCACAGGCUCAGUCACAAAAUAAUAUUCAAGGUUCUGGGUCACAGCAGCAGUCACAGCUUAAUCAACUUGGCAGUGCAUUAAAAAGUCAGUCUCAAAUACAGAAUUCGGCAUCACAAAAACAGUCUCAAUCACAGUCGCAAUCACAGUCACAGUCUAAAUCACUUUCUAAUGCUCAUAAUUCUGGAUCACUAGUUAACUCGCAGUUACCGAAUCACCAGAAUCUCUUGAACCAACAGAAUCUCUUGAGCUCUGGGUCACAACAGUCACAGUCACUGUCCUCCUCCCAAUCCCACUCAUCGUCGUCAUCAUCUUCAUCUUCAUCGUCUCAAUCCCAUUCACAAAAUCAGAGCGAUGGAUCUAAACUAUUUGUAGAAGGCGUUUUAAAGCGUUAAUUUCUGAUCCCGCGAAAAGAGCUUUGACGCAAAACAGGAUCUCCAAUAAUUUAAUCACAUAUGCAAUAUGAAUUUUAGCUAUUAUUUGCUUUUGUCAAUGCUAAAUUAUUAACAAGUAAUAAAAAUAUGUUGUACAAAUUCCA